AUGUACCUUUAUUUGUUCUCUUUUUUAUAUGUUGUGUAUUCUAUAAAUUAUGUACUCAACACAGAUGAAUUAAAAGUACUUAUCAGUUAUAACUGAAUAGAUUCUGGAGGAUUAUGCUAAUGGGAUUGAAAAAUAUGAUAAACAGAAGGAAAAGUUGGUAAUUUAGAGUGUUGGUUUACUUGGUAAUGAUGAGGAGAUAAUCUAAAUUACCAGCUUAUUUACUCCUUUUGAUAAUUAAUAGAGAGUAGAUAUAUUAACCAAAAAAGCAUAGAAUAUUUACACAAUAUAUACAUUAUAUUAUGCUAAAUAAGUAAAAUAUGUAAUUUAUUUUAGUAAAGUUCAGAACUUAAGUUUGAUAAGGUGGAACUAAAAGGUGUUGAAAAAUGUACAUCCUUAACAUAUGUAUAGAAUUAAUUUAUAGUUGAUUGCACAAUUAACACAAUUCUUUUUGUUUUAUAGAAUGGAACUUAGAUAUCAUAAGACUAUAAUAAAAAUGUUUAAUUCACCCAAAUCUUAGGGUUCUAUGAUGGAUUAUUAGGAUUAUCUCCAGGAUAUUUAAGCUUUUUUGAUGAAUAGCUAUAACUGGAAAGAUAGAUAUUGGCCAAUUAUAUUUAAGUAAUAAAGGAUGAAAAAAAUGUUUAUUUAUUAAAUGAGCACUAAGUAUUUUAAUAUACCUAAGAUGGUAAUGUAAUAGAGUAUAAUCAUAAAUGCGAAAAUAAACCAGAAUUUAUGGCAGUAUUAGGUAAUACAUUUUACAUUUAAUGCGGUACAUUAAGGACGGUAAGUCAGAAUGAAGUUGAAGUAUUUUCUAUGAGAGUAUCACAUCUAUUUGCAACCAAUCAAUAUAUCAUUAUAAAUAACACCAGUAUUUACAAUUAAGAUUUGGAUUCUUGUUAUUAUUUUUCAAAUGGCUAGUUAUAUCCAAUAAACUAUGAUGAUGAUGUUAUUCAGAUAGUCAAUAACCAAAUAUAAGUUGGUUCAAUUAAAGGAUACUAUUUAAUUUAAUCGGAUUAGUUAGCCUAAUUCAACUUAUCUUUAGAUUAAUUUUAUGUUGUCGACAAAGGAUUAUAAGUUUUGAAUUCAGGCAAUUCUGCCUAUUUUGGAAAUAAAUACUAAGUAGUAAAUUAUGUUGCUGGGCCUUAUGUAGAGAUUCAGGAGCAGGGAGUCUUAGAUUAACCACUUUAAUUGAACAUAGAAAAAUAGAUUAAAGAUAAACAAUUGUUGACAUUAGUAAACUAUUUAGAUGAAUCAAUAUUCUUGAUCUAUUUACAAAAUGCAUAGCUAUUCUCAUAGAAAUGUCUCAUUGAUUAAUUAUAGCUGAAAUGUCAAAAGGAAAUGCUCUUUUAAUAGAAUUCCCCACCAGACAUAGAAAAUGUCUAAGGGACUGUUUUUGGAAUUCAAAUGAUAGUUGCAUAUCAAUCUCAGGAGACAGUAUACAUCUAUUUAGACGGCAUAUUAUUAGAUUCAAUAAAUAAAGUCACUACUUUUUAGCUGUACUAAAAUUUUAUAGUUAUCCUAAAAGAAAAUGAAGUAACUAUAAAAUAUAUCAUUGAUAACAAAUUGCAUGAAGAUGCUUAAAUGAAUAUCACUUGCAUUAUGGUUGCUAUUUAUUUUAAUGAAAUUGCACUGGUUGAUGAGAGAAAUAAUCUUAUUAUAGUUAGUGAUUCUAAUAGUGGUUGGUAUUAUUCAUUUUCACAAUCAUUUCAAGAUUUAAUAACUGAAGUAAAUUAUGUUAAUUCUCAAUUGAUUGUAUCAACUGAGAAAUAAGCAUAUAUUUAUGAGAAUAGAAUAUUAAGAGGAAAAUUAGAUUUAGAUAUAAUUACGAAUGGAAAUUAUUUAUAAACUCAAACUCACUUGUACAUUUAUAAUACCACGAAAAUAUUUUAAUUUUAAAUAUUCUCCGACUUUUCCUUAUCAAGUUGGCCAUAAUAGAUAAUAAAUUGUUAGAUUUAAAAACAUUUUUUAGUAAUGACAUUUAAGUAGAGCGAAUUAUUACUAAUAGAUAAUAUUCUAUUUGUUUAUAGUUAAAUUUUAUAGUUUACACCUAAUACUAUUGUAGAAAGAAAUUCUUAUUCAAGAUUCAGUACUUCUAAAAUCAAUUUCAGAAAUUAUUAAAACAAAUCUGUUGCUGUGAAAGUCAAAACAAUUGGGAAUAUUUUGAAAUUACGGUCUUUAGAGUAUAAAGAAUCAGACUGUUAAAUUGAUAAUGAUAUUUUAUAAAUUCAUUAAGCUUCAUUUUUUGAUGGGCCAAUCUCAAACAUCAGCAAAAACGUAGAUGAUGGAAUUGAAAUCAUUCAGAGAGCAAGUAAGUUUUAAAAAUAACCAAGUUGGAUCAAUUAAGGUUUAAACGAUUUAAUUUAUAUUGGAAAUAACUUAAGAGUCAUUUAUUCGAACGGUUCUUUGUCAUUAUGCUCAGAAGAUAAGUGUUAAUCUAUUUUAAAUAACACUUAAGAUUGUCUUACAUUAGAGUAAGAUCAAUUAUAGUUUUAUUUGGUUUGUAAAAAGUUUGUUUAUUCUGGUUUGAAAUCAAAACCGGAAUCAAUUAAUAAUAUAGAUUUUACCCCAUUUUUUAAUGAAUUGUUGAGUAUAAAAUUUGAUUAAGCCUCUAAAAUAGGAAUAAUAAGUAGAUCAGAAAUAUAUACUUAAUUUUCACUUUACAACAAUUAUUAAUUAAAGGUUUAAAAAAUUAUUAGUGACCUAUAAGAUUUUGAAUUUAAUGAUUCAAAUAUAAUACUUUUAACAUCAAAAAAGAUUAUUAUAGUUGAUAGCUAAUUAAACGAAAUACAUUCAUAUAAUUUAUUAGAAAAUUUGAUCUCAACAGAAUAGAAUGAUGCAUUAAAAUUUUUGAAAUUUAAAAAAAUUUGUCAAUUUGGAGAAAAUUUCUAUCUGAUUUCAAGUAAAGAUGGCCCAAUUUAUCUAGUGUAUUUAAAUGAAGACCAUUUACAGUUAUUUUUAGAAUUCACAAAUAUUCAAGAUUCAACUCCUAUUGAAACUUAUUUGAUUGAAAACGACAUUUUGGUAUGCACUUACAAAAAUGACAAUGAGUAAUAUUUUGCUGCUUUUUAUAAUUUUGAUGAUAGAUCUAAAUCAUCUAUAAUUGUCCCAUAUUUCAAUGUAAUUGAACUGGGAUCUUCAUUCUCAAAAUUCCAUUACACUCGGCAGUAUGAAAACAAUUCAAUUAUUUUGAAUGAUAGAUCUGAUGAAAAGUAAAUAUUUGUUUUUAAUUAUUAUGUAAUAUUAUUUUUAAUUUGCUUAGCUCCAAAUAAAGGGUGUUUCCUAAAACAAAUAUUUGCAUGAAUUGAUUGCCAAUGAUUUGAAAUUCCAAUCAGCAAAAAUUAAUUUAAAAAUUAAUUUGACAGAAACUGAUGAAACUCCAGAAAAUUGGAACAUAGCUAUAUAUAUAUUAUGUGGCAUAUUAGGAAUUCUAGUUUUUUUAAUAUCAUUUCGAUAUAUAAGAAGAUAUUGUUUGGCAAAACAUCUUAAAUUCGAAGAAGAUUAACCUUCAGAAUUUAAAAAUGAAGCAGUUUGAUAGAUUUAUGUUAUUU